AACAACAACAACAACAACAACAACAACAACAACACCUCCUAUCACGAAAAGGAUUGACGACAAGAUGAUGGAAUCAAAAGAGGUUUAUGAUGCCCCCGUCACCGAAGUACAAAAUGAUACUCGAGUCGGAACCGUCAACCCCGUUGGCGAGACUCUCAACCGAUAUGGCGAGGAAUAUGUGGGAAAGUACCGUCGUUCAUUCGUCUCUCGUCACAUCCAGAUUGUCACAUUGGGCAGCAAUAUCGGCUCGGGUCUGUUCAUCUCGACUGGUAAGGCGCUUCGUAACGCCGGGCCCGGAAACAUGAUUAUUGGAUACACGGCUGUAAUGACCAUGGUUGUGGCAACACUUCAAGCUCUGACAGAGAUGACUGUUGCUUUCCCUGUAUCUGGAAGUUUGAUCGACUAUGCCGACAGAUUCAUUGAUCCCGCCCUGGCCUUCGGCAUCGGGUUUGGAGAGUGGCUGGCGUGGACAACUGUGCUAGCCGCUGAAGGCGCUGCGUUCAAUGUCAUCGUACAGUACUGGACUGAUGCAGUCCCUGUCGCUGUGUGGAUGACCAUCAUUUUGCUCAUUACCUUCGGCAUCCAUGCAUGCCCCGUUCGUGUCUUCGCCGAGGUUCAAUACGCGACCUCCCUUCUCAAGGUUGUCGUCCUCCUCAUCUUCAUUUUCACAUCGGCUGCAAUGGUCGGGGGCGCUGGCCCAACUGGAAAGGUUCAUGACGGUGAAUAUUACCGUGAACUUCCGGCCUUCCUUCACAAUGUCAAGGGAACGUGCCUUUGCGCCAUCUAUGCCAUCUGGGGGGUGGGAGAUCAGGUGUAUGUUGGCAUCAUGGGCGGUGAGACAAAAAACCCUCGCUACAGUAUGCCCCGAGCAGUCAAAAGCGUUGGCAUCAGAGUCUACUUCUUCUUCAUGCUCAUCGUUAUCUUCAUCACGCUUCUUGUGCCCCUCAACGACGAGCGUCUUCUCGGAGGUUCGGGCAUCAACGCCUCGCCGCUGGUCAUUGCCCUCAAUGACGCCGGAAUCAAUGGCAUUCCCCAGCUCCUCAACGCCGCAUUUUUGAUCAUCUCUGCGACCGGUGGUCUGGAGCCUCUCUACAUCGCCUCCCGCGUCAUGCGACACAUGGCACUGUCCGGAAUGCUGCCUAAGAAGCUAGCCAAUGUCGACAGCAAAGGCCGCCCUACAUGGGCUCUAUUCGUCACCGGCCUGUUCACCAUCACCUUCACCUAUAUCAACUGCUCCAACACGGGUGCCACGAUUUUCAACUGGUACGUUUCUCUCACCACGGAAGCCUUCGUUGCCUCCACAAUCUUCAUGACCGCCUGGGUCGUCCUCGCAUGGUGCAGCAUCCGCUUCCAUGCGGCGAUCCGUGCGCAGGGAAGCACCAUUCUCGAAGGCAAAUAUGCUUACAAAGCUCGCUUCUGGCCUGUCGGACCUAUUUUCUUGGGCGUCAGCGCCUUCUUGGUCUUGGUCGGCCUCUUCGCGGAUGCUUUGUAUCCGGUCGGCGGCACCCCCUUGAACGCAUACGAUUUCUUCAUGACGUAUCUGGGUGUUCCGCUCGUUCUGGUCGCUACGAUUGGAUACAAGAUCAUCCGCCGCACCAAGCUCAGGCGCGCAGGCGAGAUCGACUUGGUCACUGGACACCAGCCCUUGACCGAAGAGCAGGAGAAAUUCUUGGACCAUUAUUAUAGCCAGUCUAUGGGAAAGAGAAUUUGGAGUUAUAUCUCGACCAGUGAUUAG